AUGCGUCCACUCACUGUUACCAACCUCAUUCUUCUUACUCUUACUCUCCCCUCCUCGGCACUCGCCCAAUUUCCCUUCGUCCUACGUCAGGUCCCCGGCUGCCAAUACCCUUCCCUCAGCUUCGGAACUUUCAUCUAUUUCACUUCGCCCAAUGAGCCUGGCUCCGAAUUCGCCAUCUACACCGGCUGGACGCACUACUACCCCAAUGUGCUCAAAGCAAUUCUUCCAACGCGUGGCUUUGCGUUGGCGAAGCAGCCAGCAGCAACUAAGAAAGAGGAGAUGUGUGGCUGGACGCAAGUGGACAGCGUCAGUGUACUGGGUUUCCACCGCGGCGACGUAAGCUGGAAAGCCAAUGUCAACCACUCCGAGGCCAUCGUCCGCGUGCCACCCUACCUCAUCAAUCCUACUCAUCCCUCUCGCCGGGCCGUCCAGCAGCAUCGUCCACACCCUCGGAAGGAGACCCUCGCCGAAAUCCACAGCAUCCUCCGACGUAACUCUCCGGACGCCGACAUCGCGAUCCUCAUCCUGGAGAUCAUUGCUCCUAUCCUCGGCUGCGUCUCUGUCGUCGUCCUCAUAUUGCUGAUGAUGCGCUUCCUCGUCCGACACGGAUGCUGUCCUACCGACAACGACGACGACGACACCGACGACGCCGAACCCCAAGACAUCGAACUCUCUUCCAUCAACGGCAGGAGCAUCUCCUCGAUAGCGCCGCAGUACGAGCAAGCUGAUUCGUUCGCCGAUCUGCAAAAGCCGGAGCAGGUCAAGGUAAAGAGCGACGAGUGGUUCUUCACGGCGUCUUCGAAGAUCAAGGAACUUCGCUCGAGCUCGUCGUAUUCACAGGACGAGAUGGGCCUGUGA